AAAAAAAAGAGGAGAGAGAAAACAAAAAAAAGUAGAGGAGAGAGAGAGAGGGCGAACGGAGACGGAGAAGAAAACAAAGGGGGAUUCUCGGCGGCGGGGGCUCCCGGAUCGAGCAGAGCGAAGGUUCCAUCCUAGCUAAGCUAGAGGGAGAGAGAGAGAGAGAGAGAAACACCACAGCAAUCUCCCCUCGAUUUCUUUUCCUGAAGAAAGAUCUCUCCCCUCUCUGGAAUCCGAUUGGAACAGUAGUUGGCCUCUGCUGGGCGUGGGGCUCCCGAUCUCGAUCGGGCAUUGCGGGUUUCGCCUCCGCCGCAGCUGCUUCCAAUCCGAUGGCGUUGACGGAGCGAUAGGAUGCGGAUGGAUUUCACGGGACGGAACCCCCACUGGCAUUCGGCAGCUGAGGGCGAUCGAACCGCCAUCAGGGACUCGGGCUAAGCCGAUUCUUCCUUUUUUUUUCCUCUUCUUUUCCUCUUUGAGAGCGCGCGCGCGCGCGUUUGUGUGCUGGGGAUCGGAUGGUGGUGAGGGGGCGUUGAUCAGGAUGGAGGAGCGCGGGAUCAGUAAAGAGGAUGGCUCUCAAGGUGCCGCCGACGAGACGGAGGCUGCGACGGCAGAAGGUUCCAAUCCCAAUUCCAAUCCCAAUUCCAGCUCCAGCUCUUCAUGUUCUAGUUCGUCGUGGAUACCGUGUGGAACGAAGGCUUUUCGUCAGUAUAUCUCGCCUCAGCCUUCGAUGGCCAAAUCCAGCAACAUUCGGGUUAUCGGCAGGAGGCCGCUUGUGGCAAGAUUAACCAAGGAUAUUGUUGAAACAUUCCAAAUCUGCAAUCCCAAUUUUAAAUAUUCUGAGGAACUGAACCCCAAGCGCUUCCUUACUAAUCCAUCUGAUGGAGUGCUGAAUGAUGGCCACGAUAAUGUGAAUUCUGAUCUCAUCUUGCAUGUGAACUCUGUGUUGGUCAAUUUGAAAUCAAAUCGAAGGUAUGUUGUCAAAGAUGUUCUGGGCCAAGGUACAUUUGGACAAGUGGCCAAGUGUUGGGAUACAGAAACCAACAACUAUGUUGCUGUCAAGAUUAUCAAAAACCAGCCUGCCUAUUACCAACAGGCAAAGGUUGAGGUGUCAAUUUUGCACAUGCUGAAUCAGAAGUUUGAUCCUGAUGACCAACAUCACAUUGUCCGCAUUCUUGAUUAUUUUGUACAUCAACGUCACUUAUGUAUAACUUUUGAAAUGCUUGGCUCAAAUCUGUAUGAGCUUAUCAAACUGAACCAGUUUAAAGGAUUGUCAUUAAACUAUGUCCAGAUCUUCUCAAAACAGAUAUUACAUGCAUUAAUUGUCAUGAAAGAUGCCGGUAUCAUACAUUGUGAUCUAAAGCCAGAAAAUAUACUUAUAUCUGCUAGUGUGAAACCACCAGAAAUAAAAGUUAUUGAUUUUGGAUCAGCAUGCAUGGAGGGUCGGACAAUUUACUCCUAUAUUCAGAGCCGAUAUUAUAGGUCUCCAGAAGUUCUUCUUGGUUAUCCAUAUACUACUGCCAUCGAUAUGUGGUCCUUUGGCUGCAUUGUCGCUGAGUUAUUCUUAGGAUUGCCUUUAUUUCCAGGAGCCUCAGAGUAUGAUCUCCUUAAGAGGAUGAUAGAGAUACUUGGUGGACAACCGCCUGAUGAUCUGCUUAGAAAUGCAAAAAACGCAAGCAAGUUCUUUAAACAUGUUGGUGGUAUCUAUCGCUUUGAAGAUUGUGGAGCCUACUACGGAGUGUCUAGUGCUUACCGAAUAUUAACUGAAGAGGAGUAUGAAGCAAGAGAAUCUAAAAGACCAACAAUGGGGAAACGAUAUUUCAAUUAUGUAAAGCUUGAAGACAUUAUUGCCAACUACCCAUACAGGAAAAACUUGGCUGAAGAAGAAUUCUCCAAAGAAAAUUUGACUCGCAUGGCCUUGAUUGACUUCUUGAGGGGUCUUGUUGAGUUUGAUCCGGUGAAAAGGUGGUCCCCGUUGCAGGCUUCAUGUCAUCCAUUUCUCACUGGUGAACCUUUUACAAGCCCUUAUAAGCCUCCACCAGAGACCCCGAGAAUUCCUGUCUUUGGUCCUAUUGCGGUUGAUCACAAUCCAGGGGGCGGUUACUGGUUUGCUGCUGGUCUUUCACCUCAGGUUGGGAAUGUGGACGAACCUCUCCCAUAUAACAGCCCUCGUCUUUCGAAGGUGCCCUUAUCCUAUGGUAGUAGUUAUGGCAGCCUGGGAAGUCAUGGCAGUUAUACCGAUCAUGGUGGUCUUGGGAGCAGUUAUGGAAGCUAUGGUGAUGUUAAUGCCAGACAUAUGUACAAUUCGCCAUUUAUUCCACGUGGACCUCAUUUGCAUGCUCAGGUUGGAUUCCCUAGAUGUAGUCCAGAUACUAGAUGGAGACCCCAAUUAUCUCGUGGAAAUAAUGGGUUUGGCAUAAGUCCUGGAAGUUUGGGGCCUACAUCUCUUGGAGCUAGUCCCUCCCAAUUUACUCCUCCAAUGCAAAUUCCCACUGCUUCUGCUGGAAAGUAUGGUUCCACUAUUGCAAGAGGCCCUAUGCAUUCUUCCUCAUUGGGAAAAGCAGUUGCAGUGGGCCAGUACAACAGGAGGAGAAGUUGGGGCUACUCAGCUAUGUCUAUUCAACCUCAGGAAAAUGCAUCUCAGCACGGGCCUGAGCAAAAUUUUGAUGGCAUCAGUAGUAGUCACACUGGAGCUCAAGUACGUAGGCAUGUUGGUUCAUUUCCGAGCUCGCUUUCAAAUUCAGGCCAUUCUAGCUGGAGGCAACUGGUAGGUGGCCGUAAUGAUUUGUCUUUAGGUGACUUCCCAAUUGGCAGUCAUGGGACUUCUCAAGUAUCCUAUCAACAUGCUGCGGUCUCUUCACAGCCAUCAGAGGGUUUAUCUGAUAUACCUGAAUGCAGUUCAUCGGUACCUGAUCCAGCUGAUUGGGACCCCAAUUAUAGUGAUGAGCACCUUCUGCAAGAAGAUAAUUCAGAAGUCAGUUCAAUGUCUUUUGAGUUGAGUAAUCGCCUACGGCUUGGCAACACUGUAGAUAUUACGACUCCAAGGAUUGGACCUGGCAGGUCUAGCGGUGGCCAAAGCCAAGCCCACUCAAGUUCACAUUUUGUACCAUCAAACCAAAGAACAGAUCAUAUGUUUCAAGCAUCUGCAGCUGGAGAGAGUAGCCAUUCUACCUCCCAUGAUACUCAUCCCGGUUAUGGCCGCUCGCACUAUUUUCACCAAAAGUAUCCCAGCCGCUUUGGACAGCAAUCUUUUCAGCGGUUUGAUCAGAUGAAUUCUGCUAUUGCACAGAAUGAGAGAAGUCAUCAAAGUCAUCAACCAGCCUGGCCAAACUACAAAUUGGAUGAUCCACAUUCUUCUUCCAGUGUUAUCUUUGAUAACGGAAUGCCAUGGGGAGACCAAAAGGAUAAAGGAGGGAAAGACGAUCCUGAUGUGAUUUGUUUUUUUCCUGAAGCGCCUGUUAAUCCAUUGCAGUGUAGUGCAGCAUUGCAGAUUAUGCUGAGCAACCAACAAUCGCUUCCCUUGCAUUCGAAUAUCAUUUUAGGGCUUUUACCAUAUGGAUGUCUAUAUUCUGACAAAACUUGUGGGCAGGUGAGCAUGGCAUAUUUUCAUGUGACAACUAGCAUUCUAACAAUAUCGUCAUAUUUCUAUCUAGGUGUGAAUAGCAUAAAACCACAUACCAUUUAUAGGGGUAUGGCCGGGAGUGGAUUCACCCGUUCCAGAGGGUUGAGUAAUGAAUCAAGCCCGAACUUGUACGUUGCUAAUUGUGGGCCAGCUGUGGGACUAUCAUUUGACAAAAUCAAAUCAGUUUUCAGCACCUAUGGGAACGUCAUAGGAGUCCAUGCCGCUGAUGAUACUGGCACUCGUGUGAUUGUUUGCUUUUCUGAAAUGACUGCUGCUCAAGCAGCAUUUAAAUCACUGAAUGGCUUCUCUUGCUUGGAUCUUGGUGGUCGAACUUUGCAUUUACGCUAUUCAGUGCCACAACAACAGAAGGUCCGAAAUAAUGAUUCGCUUCCUGUAUCUUUCUUUUCCUCGGAAGUGGCAGUUCCUGGAAUUCACCUAGUGCACGAAUUUAUCACUGUUGAGGAAGAAAAGAAGCUCCUUUCAGAAGUGGAUAUUAGGCCUUGGAAAAAUCUAUCAAAAAGAAGAGUUCAGCAUUAUGGCUAUGAAUUUCUUUAUGACACAAGAAAUGUUGAUUCAAAGCACUUUUUGGGUGAACUUCCUCCUUUUGUUUCUCCCAUACUUGAUAAGAUCAUGUCAUUUCCUGGACCUGAGGAAAACAGAAGCAAACUGAUGGAUCAAUUGACGGUUAAUGAAUAUCCUCCUGGUGUUGGCUUAUCCCCGCAUAUAGAUACCCAUUCUGCAUUUGAUGACUUAAUCUUCAGCCUUUCAUUAGCUGGCCCCUGCAUUAUGGAAUUUAGGAGAUAUCCUACUGGCACUUGGCAUCUUCCGGUUUCUACGGUUAAUGGCAUAGAUGGAGAAAACAGUGGUCAAUGGUCAACAUUCACAAGGCAAGCCAUUUUCCUUCCACCUCGGUCGAUGCUUUUAAUGUCUGGAGAAGGGCGGUAUGCUUGGCAUCACUAUAUUCCACAUCAUAAGAUUGAUACGGUUGGUGAUCAUGUAAUAAGGAGGAGGUCAAGGAGGGUUUCGUUCACUUUCCGGAAGGUGAGAACAGGUCCUUGCCACUGUGAAUAUAAGCAAUAUUGUGAUAGCCGACUAGGAUUAGCUGAUGGCAAAGCAUAAUGGCUUGCCACACUGUCAAGAGACUAUCUUGGUGACUAUGCUAAAAUACAUAUGCUCAUCUAACUCACUGAGUACUUGUGCAAGCACCAAUUAAGCGGAAAUUAAGCGGAAUAGAUGGACUGGUGCAGAAUAGUAGCCUAGUAGGACACAGCCCCAAGCUUCCAAGUAUGUUUACAUACUGAACAAAAACCAGAAAAUUCUUGCAAAUGGGCUGGCAGUGGUUCAGCCAAAUUUUGACUGGUCCCUGAAAUCAACCAGGUGAUCAUGGUUGUGUCACUACUCACUGACAUACAGGCUGACAAAAAUUGAGGCAGAAGAGAUGGGCUGAUCCAACAUCAGAAAAUUUGAAAGAAUGAUGGUUUUCUGGAUCAACAGGGCAGCUACUUUUUCUUUUCUUUUUUUUACUCUGCCCUUUAAAAUACUAAAGAGAUUGACUGAUUGUAGUCUUUUGGGAUACCAAGUUUGUUUUUGUGCUGGUAGGAAGUUAGCGGUCACUGCAAAUUAGGAAUAGUUGAAGAGAAACUUAUAUUAUUCCAUGGAUAAUCAUGCUCACUGCCCUAAUAUUUAGUCUCGAAUUCGUCUGCUGUA